GAAGAAGAAAUGCAAAAAUGGAGAAGGCCGGUGAUGUACAGACUGAAAAUCUCUUCUCAAUCUCGACUUUUGAUGGAAGAACAACGUAUGAAGCAAUCAUAGAGGCGACCAAGGAUUUUGAUCCCAUGUAUUGCAUCGGAGAGGGAGGACAUGGAAGCGUAUACAAAGCAGAGCUGCCGUCAGGUAACAUAGUAGUUGUGAAGAAGCUUCACCGAUUCGACAUUGACAUGGCACAUCAAAAGGAUUUCGUGAAUGAAAUAAGAGCAUUGACAGAGAUAAAGCAUCGAAAUAUCGUGAAGCUUCUGGGUUUCUGCUCACAUUCACGACACUCAUUUCUGGUAUACGAGUACCUGGAACGAGGGAGCUUGGGUACAAUCUUGAGCAAAGAAUUAGAAGCUAAGGAAGUGGGUUGGGAUACAAGGGUAAACAUUAUUAAAGGGGUGGCUCAUGCUUUGUCUUACCUGCACCAUGAUUGUGUGCCUCCAAUUGUUCAUCGAGACAUGUCAAGCAAUAAUGUUCUGCUGGAUUCUAAAUAUGAGGCCCAUGUAUCCGACUUUGGCACUGCUAAGUUUCUGAAGCUAGACUCAUCAAACUGGAGCACUCUUGCAGGCACAUAUGGAUAUGUCGCACCAGAGCUUGCUUACACCAUGAAGGUAACCGAGAAAUGCGAUGUCUACAGCUUUGGAGUGCUGGCACUUGAAGUGAUGAGAGGAAGACAUCCUGGAGAUCUUAUCUCCUCUCUAUCAGCUUCACCAGGGAAGGAUAACGUAGUGUUGAAAGAUGUGUUAGACCCUCGACUCCCACCUCCCACACUCCGAGACGAAGCAGAAGUGAAGUCUGUCAUACAGCUCGCAACUGCAUGCUUAAAUGGCAGCCCACAAUCUAGGCCGACCAUGCAGAUGGUUUCUCAGAUGUUGUCUCAAAGGAUUUAAUCCAUCUAGGAAAGAUUUAAUUUGUGUGGAACU